GGGAGCGUUGGCUUAAGCCGUAAAGACUGAGCCGCCGUCAGUCUUUGGCUGCUUAAAGCUUAAAAGAGAAGCGUUUAUCGGUAAUCGCCUCUUCGUUUCGUGGAGACUAUGCAGAACUGGUUCAUUCAGAUUUCAGAACGAUUCAUCGAGCCAACUAAAACCCCUGCAUUCUCUGGUUCUGUAACCUGUACUUGAAAUCUGCAACCCGUAAGCAGUGAAAAGCAUUUUAGUUAAUGGAGGAAGAAGCAGAUGUUAAGCCGAAGAGGGCCGUUGCUCGCAACUGCUUUAUAUGUAACCAGAGGAGAGCGGCUCUCAAGAGGCCUAAAACCCUAGAACAGAUUUGCAGGGAAUGUUUCUAUGCGGUCUUUGAGGAAGAGAUUCACGAGGUUAUCGUGGGUAACCAACUAUUCAAGCCUGGUGAUCGCGUAGCCAUUGGAGCUUCUGGUGGAAAAGAUUCCACUGUCCUUGCUUAUGUACUCUCAGAAUUGAACCGUCGACAUAAUUAUGGGCUGGAUCUCUUUCUAUUGUCAGUUGAUGAAGGGAUUACGGGUUAUAGGGAUGACUCGCUUGAAACUGUCAAAAGAAAUGAAAUUCAGUAUGGUCUGCCGCUGAAAGUUGUGUCGUACAAGGAUUUGUAUGGGUGGACAAUGGAUGAAAUAGUUAAGAUGAUAGGCUUAAAGAAUAACUGCACAUUUUGUGGAGUCUUUCGUCGUCAGGCCCUUGACCGUGGUGCUGCAAUGUUGAAAGUAGAUAAGAUUGCUACUGGGCACAAUGCCGAUGAUAUUGCUGAAACUGUUCUUCUAAACAUAUUACGAGGUGAUAUUGCUAGAUUGAAUCGAUGCACUUCUAUAACUACUGGUGAAGAUGGUCCAAUUCCAAGAUGCAAGCCUUUUAAGUACACCUAUGAGAAGGAGAUAGUUAUGUAUGCAUAUUUCAAAAGGCUGGACUACUUCUCCACUGAAUGCAUUUAUUCCCCAAAUGCAUACCGGGGAUUUGCUCGUGAAUUCAUCAAGGAUUUGGAAAGGAUCAGACCAAGAGCUAUACUUGACAUCAUCAAAUCAGGUGAGGACUUUAGGAUAUCUACUUCUGCAAAAAUGCCAGAGCAGGGAACCUGUGAACGUUGUGGUUAUAUUUCUAGCCAGAAAUGGUGCAAAGCUUGUGUUUUGCUGGAGGGAUUGAAUCGUGGUUUGCCAAAGCUGGGAAUUGGGCGGAGUCGAGGCCUCAAUAACCAUCUUGAGAACAAUAGGAAGCGAACUAAUGGAACAAAAAGCAUUGACAGCAAGCAAUGCGGUAGUUUGGACAUCUGAGGCCACAAGGGUUGCAAUUCAUCUAAAUGCUAUUUUUGAGUAGAAUCAAUUUGGAAGCAUAGGACUUUUUGUAGGUUGCUGAGAAAAUGAGGAAAUAUGAGAGGCUAAAAACCGUAAUAUAUGUAUGGGAAAAAAUUGUACCAUUAAAUUCACUUUAACUUUGUCAUUGUAUCUUAAAAAGUUUCUUAUACAGUAGUUUGUAAAUCAUUUGAGGAUAAAACAUUGUACCAUAUAAAAUAAAAACAUCCUGAAACUAUGGUUCUUUUCCCAACAUUAGUGUUUUGUGGUUGAGCAUCAUCUUUCUUCUUUUUUUCUUUUUUCUUCUUUGUUUUUUGUCUUUUUGUUUUUUGUUUUUUUUUUGGUUUUUAAGAUAGUACCAAAAAAAGAGAGAGGAAGAAACGGCUUUUAAGGAAAUAUUUAAUUCAAAAAAGCCUGCAGGUCCUUUCACAAAAUUCUCAAUGUUGAGAGCAUGAAUAAAAUGUGAUGUUGGCCAUGCCUCGCUUCCCUCCUGAAAAAUAAAAUUCCCAAAUGAGAUUGUUAUUAAAUCUCACCUCCAUUUUUCCUCUUCCAAAAACAUGGCAUUUAUUCUCUUCUGGAAGAACAAUGAUUUCAACACGUGGUAUAAUCAUGUUUUGAAAUCACGAUUUUAAUAAUUCCGUCCAAUUAUUCCAGAUUUUGAAAAUGAUUUUUCAACCAAAAGUUGGAGCCCCGUGAGUUAUCUAAGUGAUCCAAAAUAUGUAGUAUAUUAUUUUACAGAUAUGCGUGUGCAGAUAAGAACUAAUCUCGCCUUUCUAAAAAAAAGUCUUUAGUUGGUCGGGAAAUUGUGUUUUCGAAUAACAAUUUCAAAUGUUUCCUAAAAUGAUGUUUGCAAAACGAGAUUUCACGAAACGGUCUCUCCUUUUUACCCUCACUGUGGGCUGUUGGUUCUGUUGGCUCUUUCGCUCCAUCAUCCGUCAUGUCUUCUUCAGCGCCUCCAAGCUCCGCCGCCGGCGUCCAAAACCCUAGCCAGGCGAAAUCGCUAGGGAUUGUAGCAAACGCCAUGAGGCGAAAGGACAGUUUCAUCCAGUUCUUCGCCAUGACUGGAAUCCUCCUCCUCAGCGUCCGAUCUUUGGGACAGAAGUACCGUCUCAACGACCUUCGCGAGGACACCUCCGCCCUCAAGGAAGAACAGGGUCAGCUUACCCAUCGCAUGAAUACCAUCAAGCGCAGCCUCCUCGCCGAAGCAGCUACGGAUCCCACCGGUCUCUUCGCUUCUCGACUUCGCCUUCUCUUUGGCGAUGAAGAAUGAACGAAUUUUGCAGGUUCGUUCAUUCUUCAUUACGUUGAUAUAUCUGUAAGGUUUUUCUUCUUCUUUUUAAUUUUAUUAUUACUUUUUUCUUGUAUCUGAUCGCUUUGAGAAGAAAUCUUGAGUUUCUGCUAUAUGUAUGUUUUCUUGAUCUUAAUUUUAAUGAACAAUGUCAUAUUGAGGCAAAAUGAACUCAAUGAACAGUUAUAUCUCC